GCUGCUGGGAAAUGGUGUGUAUGUGGUUGUGUUCAUACAGGUGGACAGAAAGACUAGGUGAGGUGAGGUGGUGGUGGGGCAGUGAGAGGAUAAAAGGAGAGUGCUGCAUAGCGACACUUCACUGACAGCGGACCAGGAUCAGGUAGGAGGAUGAGGAAGACUCUGCUGUGGCUGCUGGCCUCUCUGGCCUUCGUCUCCCUGACUUCUCUUGCUGAUGGAGCUCCAAUCGAGGUGAUGUCUGCCCCCAACUUGUUGAGGGUAGGAACAGCAGAAAACGUUUUUGUGGAGUGUCAAGACUGCACAGGUGCAGACAAAAGUGUGAUAAUCAGUGUGUGGAACCAUCCAACCAAAACCAAAAGGCUGGCAACUGCAUCUGUGACACUUACCAGUACAGAUGACUUCCAGGCGCUGGUACAGAUAAUGAUCCCUGCUGGAGACUUCAGUAAGGAUCCCAGCAUCAAGCAGUAUGUGUAUCUGCAAGCUCAGUUCCCUGACCGACUGCUUGAGAAGGUUGUCAUGGUCUCCUUUCAGUCUGGGUAUAUCUUCAUCCAAACUGACAAGACCCUCUACACCCCCAACAGCAGAGUUCAUUACAGGAUGUUUGCUGUGACACCCCGUAUGGAGCCUGUGGAGAGGGAUGAUGCCAACCAAAUGGAUGUGUCUAUUGCCAUUGAGUUUGUGACCCCUGAAGGCAUCAUCUUAGCACUUGAUCUAGUCUCUUUGAAAUCAGGGAUCCACUCUGGAAAUUACCAACUCGCUGAAAUCGUCAGUAUCGGACAGUGGAAGAUCCGCGCAAAGUUCCACAGCAACCCACAGCAGAGCUUUAGUGCAGAGUUUGAGGUCAAAGAAUAUGUGCUUCCCAGUUUUGAGGUUAAACUGAAUCCUACGAGCUCUUUCUUCUACGUGAACGACCAGGAGCUCACAGUCCACAUUAAAGCCACGUAUUUGUUUGGUCAAGAGGUGAAUGGGGUGGCCUACGUUGUGUUUGGGGUCAUAAAUGAUGGUCACAAGAAGAGCUUUCCAAGUUCUCUUCAGAGAGUGCAGAUUGAAGAAGGUGUUGGAGCUGUCACGCUGAAGAGAGAGCACAUCACAACGACCUUCCCAAACAUUGAAGACCUGGUGACGAAAUCCAUAUAUGUAGCUGUCAGUGUGCUAACGGAGAACGGUGGUGAAAUGGUGGAGUCAGAGUUGAGAAAUAUUCAGAUUGUUAAAUCUCCUUACACCAUCCACUUCAAGAAAACUCCAAAAUAUUUCAAACCAGGAAUGACCUUCGAUGUUGUGGUCGAAGUUGUGAAUCCUGACAACACUCCGGCACCAGGUGUUGCUGUUGUGGUUAAACCAGGCAGUAUGAAUGGCAUCACCGCAGAAAAUGGCAUGGCAAGGCUAACCAUCAAUACAGGAGGGAACCCACAACUACUGACGAUCACUGCAAAGACGAAUGAUCCUCGUAUUUCAUCGACAAGACAAGCAUCAGCCACCAUGACAGCUCUCCCAUAUAUUACCCAAAGCAACAACUAUAUCCACAUAAGUGUGGAUUCAGCUGAUGUACGAUUAGGAAAUAACCUGAAAAUCAGCCUCAACCUCGAAAGGCAGGAAAGUCAUAACACUGACAUCACAUACCUGAUCAUGAGCAGAGGUCAGCUGGUGCAAAAAGGCAGAUAUAACACAAAAGUUGAACGACUGAUUUCCCUGAUGGUUCUCAUUACCAAAGACAUGCUGCCAUCAUUCCGCAUCAUAGCCUAUUACCACACAAAUGGGAAUGAAGUGGUAUCAGACUCUGUUUGGGUGGAUGUAAAAGACUCCUGCAUGGGCUCGCUGAAGCUAGAACCAUUGAGAUCCGCUCCAUCCUAUGAGCCUGGCAAGAUGUUUGGUCUGAAGGUUACAGGAGACCCAGGGGCCAUGGUGGGACUGGUGGCAGUGGACAAAGGCGUCUAUGUCCUUAACAACAAGCACCGCCUCACACAGAAAAAGGUGUGGGACAUUGUAGAGAAGUACGACACAGGUUGCACACCAGGUGGAGGGAAGAACGGUAUGAGUGUGUUCUUCGACGCUGGGCUGCUGUUUGAGUCCAACACGGCUUCUGGGACUGCCUACAGACAAGAAUUGAAAUGUCCGGCACCGAGCAGGAGGAAACGAGCCACCACAUUCAUGGAUGUCAGAACCAGCUUACUGAGUAACUAUAAAGAAAAACUGCAACGGGACUGUUGUUUGGAUGGCAUGAGGGACACCCUCCUCUCUUACACCUGUGAAAGGCGUGUAGAGUACAUUGUUGAUGGUGAAGCCUGUGCAGCAGCCUUCCUGCACUGCUGCAAGGACAUGGAAAACCAGCGAGCUGACAGCAAGGUGGAGAGCCUUCAACUGGCUCGCAGUGAGGAGGAUGACAGUUACAUUGACAGCAAUGAAAUUACUUCUCGCACCAAGUUCCCUGAAAGUUGGCUGUGGUCAGAUAUCACACUUCCUAAUUGCACUGGACGAGACGAAUGUGAAACCACAUCAAUGACUAAAAAUGUUCCACUGCAAGACUCAAUCACCACCUGGCAGUUCACUGGCAUUAGUCUGUCAACUACUCACGGAAUCUGUGUUGGUGAUUCGUUAGAGGUGAUUGUCCAGAAGAAAUUCUUCAUUGAUCUCAGGCUGCCAUACUCUGCUGUCCGGGGAGAGCAGCUGGAAGUUAAGGCAAUCCUGCACAACUACAGCGACGAUCCUGCAACUGUGCGGGUUGAUCUGAUUGAGGAGGAUAAUGUGUGCAGUUCGGCUUCAAAGCGUGGAAAGUAUCGCCAGGAGGUCCGAAUUGGGGCUCAAACUACCCGAUCUGUGCCCUUCAUCAUCAUUCCCAUGAAAGAAGGAGAAUUCCGCAUUGAGGUCAAAGCUGCUGUUAAAGAUUCAUGGCUUAAUGAUGGAAUUAUGAAGAUGCUGCGGGUGGUGCCUCAAGGUGUACUAGUAAAAGAUCCUAAGAUUGUAAUUCUAGACCCCUCUAAUAAAGGUGUAGAUGGUGAACAAGUAGUAAUUAUCAACAGUGGAAUUGCCAAAAAAGAUUUGGUUCCAAACGCACCAACAAGCACACAGAUCUCUGUGACAGGGAGAGAACAAGUGUCUGCCCUCGUGGAGAACGCUGUUAGCGGGAACUCUAUGGGUACUCUAAUCAAACAGCCCGGUGGCUGUGGAGAGCAGAACAUGAUCAGCAUGACCCUACCUCUCAUUGCAGCCACAUAUUUGGACAAAACCAACCAGUGGGAAGCUGUGGGCUUUCAUAAACGUAAUGAAGCCCUCCAACACAUCAAGACUGGCUACAACACAGAGCUUACCUACCGGAAAACAGAUGGGUCUUUUGCUGUGUUUCCAUAUCACCCAAGUAGCUCCUGGUUGACAGCCUAUGUUGCCAAGGUGUUUGCCAUGGCACACAAUCUGGUGGCAGUGCAAAGACCACACAUCUGUGAGGCCAUCAAGUUUCUGAUUCUCAACGCACAGCAACCUGAUGGCUUAUUUAGAGAAGUUGGAAAGGUGAUCCAUGGAGAGAUGAUGGGUGAUGUGCGUGGCUCAGAUUCAGAGGCCUCCAUGACGGCCUUCUGCCUCAUUGCUAUGCAGGAGUCACGAACGCUAUGUGCUGCCAGUAUUAGUAGUCUACCCCGCAGUAUAGUCAAAGCGGUGGCCUAUCUGGAAAGGCGUCUGCCCAGACUCACCAACCCAUAUGCUGUUGCCAUGACAUCAUAUGCCAUGGCCAAUGAAAACAAAAUGAACCGCGAGAUCCUCUACAAGUUUGCUUCCCCAGAGUUGAACCACUGGCCGACUCAGGGAGGUAUCUACACACUGGAGGCUACGGCGUACGCUCUUCUCGCUCUGGUCAAGGCCGAGGCUUUUGAAGAUGCCAGACCUGUUGUGAGAUGGUUCAACGAACAGCAGAAAGUUGGCGGAGGCUAUGGAUCGACUCAGGCCACCAUUAUGGUGUACCAGGCUAUAUCAGAGUACUGGUCCAGUGCUAAAGAACCAGAGUACGAUCUGAACGUGGAUAUUUUGUUGCCGGGCAGGGCAAAGCCUGAUAAGUACAACUUCAACAGGGAUAACCACUAUGCCACAAGGACAUCUAAAAUCAAAGCUAUAAACCAGAAUGUGACAGUGACUACCAGGGGUUCAGGAGAAGCAACAGUGACAAUGGUGUCGCUGUACUACGCUCUGCCUAAACAAAAGGAAAGUGAUUGUCAGAAGUUUAACCUGUCAGUGCAGCUCAUCCCAGAAAAAAUUGAUGAGGACGAGAAGAUCUACAAGCUGAGGAUAGAAGUGUUGUAUAAGGACAAGGAAAGAGAUGCAGCAAUGUCAAUUUUGGAUAUUGGCUUGCUAACCGGCUUCACCGCUAACACAAAGGACUUGGACUCAUUGUCCACAGGACAUGGGCGCACCAUUGCAAAAUAUGAGAUGAACAAAGUCCUGUCAGAAAGAGGCUCACUCAUCCUCUACCUGGAAAAGGUUUCUCACACACGACCAGAAGAAAUCAUUUUUAGGGUUCAUCAGACAAUGAAAGUGGGCGUCUUACAACCAGCGGCUGUAUCUGUCUAUGAAUACUAUGAGCAAACACAUUGUGUGCAGUUCUACCAUCCAGAGAGGAAAGGUGGACAGCUACUGCGGCUCUGCAGAGGUGAUGAGUGCACAUGUGCUGAAGAGAACUGCAGUAUGCAGAACAAGGAGAAAAUCAGCAAUGAGCAGCGCACAGAUAAGGCUUGUGAGAGUACACCAACCAGCAAAAUAGAUUUUGUGUACAAAAUGAAACUGGAAGUGUUUGAAGAUGAUUUGUCCACAGACAUUUACACAAUGCGUGUUCUGGCUGUCAUCAAAGAAGGAACGUUUGAUGUGGGUUCCCUGAAUAACCUUCGCACAUUCCUCAGUAAUCCGCACUGCAGGGAGUCUUUAGAUUUGGUUGUUGGCAAAACGUACCUUAUCAUGGGAACAUCAGAUGAUAUUCACAGAGAUGAGGCACAUCAAACGUAUCAGUAUGUACUUGGAGAAAGAACCUGGAUCGAGUACUGGCCCACAGAAGCUGAGUGUCAAGCUGAUGAACACAGACCUACCUGUUUGGGCAUGGAGGAGAUGGUCCAGACGUACCAACUCUUUGGAUGUCAGCAGUAGUGAAACUCAAGAAAAUUAUUGUUUUUGUAAUUGUUUAUAUUUGGACAUUAUUCCCAUCUUGUACGACUUUCACUGCUAUAAGAUUUAUGGGCUUACAAUGUUGCAGUGUAUUGAUUACAAUUAAAUGAUCUCAAUCUCA